UAUUCUAAAGUUGGUCGAGCACCAACUAGAAACUUGUGGCAAAAGCUGUCACAUUAACGUAAGUGGCUGUCCUCCGGCUUGAGGCUGUCCCUCCAUGUUGCAUUCGGUCAUUUCCAGACUUUGCCCUCAAACACUCUCCCAUGAACCCAUUUCCUGCUGAGAUGUGGAUCCAAAUCUAUGCCGCAGCUUGCAUAGAUACAGGCACAACAGCUCAGUCCUUGGCUCUUGUUUGCAAGACUUCGUAUAGGCUCGUUCAGCAGUUCAAGUUGCAAUCCCUUGCUUUCUUGAGACCUAACGAACUUGUCAAGUUCUCUAUGUAUCUGGGAAGGAUCCCACCGGAACACAGAGAGAUGAAAUAUCUCUACAUAGCAUUGGAAUCAUUGUGGGUCGAUGGGCAAGGGUCAAGAGAAUUGGUCGUCUCUCCAAGCAGAUAUGUUGACCAAGAAGCCCUUUGCGCCUAUCUUGAUGCACUGAAUCCCUUUGCUUCCGAAUCCGCUGUCUCCGACAGAGCUCGGAUACCAGAGAGUGUCGCUCACGUCUCCAGUACAGUCACCGAUCAGUCCCCCACUCGUAUACGACUUCAGGAUAGGCAUAUCCAGAAGGCACUCUACCUCACACUCAAUCUUGCCUCUCCAACGCUCGUGAUCCUCUCCAUCCACCUCGCGUUCGUCACACGGAAGCAACUCCUUCCCGCAUAUUCCUUUCCAAAGUUAGAAGAACUCACGAUUUAUGGUUCUUGCACCCCUAACGCCGGUGAAUUAGAGGGGCUAGAUGGUUUAUCCGGGUGUUCUGACAGGAUCGUACGAUAUCCAGCGUUAAAGCGUCUACAUCUUUCCCAAACAUUCGCCUACUCCAUUCCAUUAGCACGAGAUCUCGCCAAGCAAGCACCUCAUCUCACUCAUUUAUACCUGAAUCUGCGCUCUUACUCGCUAGAUGGGCUGGCAUCCGCUAUGGGAUUGCUGCCUCAUCUCCCCGAUGCGUCACGACGCAAUGGGAAGUUUCCCACUACUCUGAGGAUUAUCUACUUGGAGACGGAUCCACAUGAGCUUGUACAUGCUGGCUCUAGUUUAGACGCCGUCCUCGAACGAACGGAAGAGAUCAACGCACUUAGCGGUCUGGACGUGAAGAUUUGCUCGAGACCCCCUGGGAAAUGGGCGGAUAUCGGGAGUGCUUUGGUUGAUUGGGAAGAUAGGAUAAAUGGGAGAGAAGGUAGAUGGGAAAAGGGUGUUUAUUCGCUGAAUGGAAGGCAGACAACACCAAGAUGAGGCUCUGCCUGCCCUGUGUCUGUCCGUGUUCAGAUCGCAGCUGUGACCCGCUCCUGAACCGGAAAGUCUGUGUUUUAUAUUGUCGUGGUAAAUAGUAGGCUAAUAAGAGUUCCAUUGCUCCUGGCGUUUCCGUCAAUUACAGCCUAUUAACGGAGCCCAUCACUGUACAUCAACGGACCGAUCGCUUUGGACCUUCACAACCACGUUCACGAUAUCAAGACCUCGAGUUUGUAUGAUCAAUAUUAUUGCUCUCGUGUAUGCCCUCGGAAAUACUGUGACGAAUUCACGAGAG